UUAGUCUUGUUGCUUUAACAAGUUUUGCUUUCAGCAUUCUCUGCUACUCGCGCUCUCAAACGGUCGACGAAUUUCUCUUUGCAAACAGUGAAUAUGGGGCAGAAAUUUGGUAAAGGAGUUGUGCAUCGGAGCGGUGUGUCCGAACAAUGUACACCAUCGACCGAUUGGGAAAGAGAUGAGGGUGAAUUAUUUUGGACGUGGAGAGCUAUUCCACCGAGUGCAAGUCAUGUUAGAAAUAAUUCGCCUGCGAAUCGUGCAAGUGCAGAAAAUGAUUUAUUUUGGUCUUUGGGAUCAAACAAAGAUCAAGAUGAGAGUUGUGAAGCAGAAGACAAGGAAGUCGACUUAUUCUGGACGUGGAGAACGACUCUGGAUGAGGAGAGACCUCCUGUUACUGAUGUAACGUUGGUCUCUGUCUCUGUGGCAGCCGAAGAUGAGAUGUCCGGACAGGGUUUCAUUCCAGAGAUCCUGGAAAAUCCGGAAACUCUCGACGGUGGCCCGGAGAUCCUCACCAGUCAGGAUCCACUCCCAGAUAUGGAGAAUCCAGUCUUUUCUGACUCUCAAAUGCAAUUUGGGUUGGAUUUGAACAGCGGUGAUGUUCAAAAUCCAGGCCCAAAUGAGGCAGACGGGGGUGCAGAAAUCCAGCAAUCUCAAUCAGUCGGUCAGUCUGAAGAGAAGCUGGAAGAUGAGGAGAUCUCUGGUGUGAUCUUUCAGGAGAUCAACUCCAGCAUGUAUGAGGUCGGUGAACUGCUGGCGGUAGACAGUUCAGUAUCUGUCUAUGAAGGAACCCGUGUGCAGGAUGACUUGAAGGUGCUAGUGAAAUACAUUAACACCAUGGAGCGGGUGGAUUAUAUCUUCAUCCCGGGUUAUCCUGCACCCCUUCCCCGUCAGGUGGGUCUUCACCUACUUGCCUGUCAGGGAGACGUCGUUCAUGAGAUUCUGCAGCUCGUGGACUGGCAGGAGUUUCCCGACCGCCUGGUCAUGGUGCUGGAGCGCCCUUCUCCUUGUGAGGGUUUAGACGAGUUUCUCGCCAGUAAAGGGGGAGAGCUUGAUGAGCUGUCAGCCAAGGAGAUCAUGUGGCAGGCAACCUGGGCUGCCCACAUGUGCUGCAAGCGGGGUGUUUUCCAUCGGGAUAUCAAGCUGAAGAACUUCUUCAUAAAAGCAGACACCCUGGACCUCAAGCUUGACAACUUUGGGUGCGGAGAGCUGCUUCAAAAGUCUGCCUACAAGACUUUUACAGGAACGAGAGAUUAUUUCUGCCCUGAGUUCUUCCGAACGGGCGAAUACUAUGGAAAGCCGGCGACGGUGUACUCGCUCGGGGUGCUGUUGUUUGCAAUGUUGCGCGGGAAAUUCCCCGACUGCAAUGACAGGAACUCGAUCUGGUCUAAAGAAGGCUUGACUGAAGAAUGCUGCAGUUUGCUGGAAGACUGUCUCCAGGAGGAUCCAGAUAGACGAAUUCGUCUGAAAAAUAUAUUUAAACACAAGUGGUUCCAGGUCAAAGAUCCUGUUGACGGCCUCCAGACUCCCGUCCGCUCUGAAAACAAGGAUCUCAUUCUGUAUCGAGAAUUGAUGUCUAAAGUGGAGUUGGAGGAAAACAAUCCCGGUGUUGACGUUCAGGAAAUAAAUCGGAACCAGUAUGAAAUCGGCAAAAUGCUGGGGGAAGGCGGCUUUGGAAAAGUCUAUGAGGGAACCCGUGUGCAGGAUGGCUUGAAGGUGGCAGUGAAAAUUGUCUGGAAGAACGAGUAUGUAAUCAAUGAUUACAUCGACAUCCCGGGUUAUCCUGUACUCCUUCCUCGAGAGGUUGGUCUUCAAAUGCUGGCCUGUGAGGGAACAUAUGUUCCUUCGAUCAUCCAGUUACUGGACUGGGAGGACCGUCUGGACCACUACGUCAUGGUCCUGGAGCGCCCUUCUCCCUGUGAGGAUGUGUUGAGUUUCAUGAACCACUCAGGAGGCAAACUCGACGAGAAUACGGCGCAGGUUAUCUUGGGGCAAGUGACAGAAGCUGCUGAAAUCUGCUCCAUGCGGGGGGUCUUCCAUCGAGACAUAAAAGUGGAAAACAUCCUCAUUAACCCGAACACGAUGGAGGUCAAGCUGAUCGACUUCGGAUGUGGCGCUCUGUUUAAAAACCCGGCUUACACAGAUUUUAUGGGCACAGACGUCUACUUAUGCCCUGAGUUCUUCCUAACGGGCGAGUACUAUGCAAAGCCAGCGACGGUGUACUCGCUCGGGGUGCUGUUAUUUGUCAUGCUCUGCGGGAAAUUCCCUCGCAUUGAUGACCUGGACCAGAUCAAUGAGAGGAGGUGGUGCAAAGAAGGCUUGACUAUAGAAUGCUGCCGGUUGGUUGAGGAUUGUCUGCAAAGGAAUCCAGAAGAGCGGAUCCAGCUGGAAGAGAUCUUUGAGCACAAGUGGUUUAAGAUCAGCGAGCCUUAGGAAUGUAAUGAAUGGAACGUCAGGUGUUAGGACCAAUAGGGGUGUAUUCAUGACCUACAAAGUAUGUCAUGCGGCACACCGUUAAGUUGGUAAGUUGCCUGAUAACCUCAAAUUGUGGUUCCAAUGUAAAUAACCAUAGCAACUUCUGCUCCAGAGCAGGGCUCAAGAAAAUGAAUCUAUCACGCAAAAAACCUAGGACUAGUUUGAAUAAGUAGGUUUUGCAUUGAAGCUAGACACGUAACGCUUGACAUAUCAAGCGAUCUCUAAAAAAAAGUAAUAGUGGUGCAACAUAAAAAUAUUUUUAUUCACAUAAGAUAGAACUGCUUUUUUAUCUAGUCUGUGCAAAUCCAGCGUCAGGCUUUGCAUUGUUCACGAAGGAAUCCGUGGUGAAAUGAAGCCAGCAAACACUCAGUUUACCCACGUGAAAACAACGUUUUCAUUUCUCAAGUAAUUUCAAUACUUUACUACUGUAUACGUGCAGUACAGAAGCGUUUUGGCUCCAGUUAAAGAGGGUUAGACUUGGGUCAGAGCCGAUGGUGGAGCGGUUCGUGUUCUGACAUAUGGCGCCGGUGCGUCCCUGGGCGACCCGAGUUAGAAUCCCGGCUCGUGGUCCUUUCCCGACCCCACCCCCUCUCUCAGCCACUUCGCUUCAUGUCCUCUCCAAAAAUUACUGUCUGUCCAAUAAAGGCAAAAAUAUAAUUUAUGGGUUAGACUUGAUCAAUUGUUUAUUGUCAUACGAAAUUGUUCAAACUCAAGCUUGUCAAGCAUUCAUUUAGACUUAAUACAGUAAUUGUGUCGACAUCGCUAAUAUGAUUUAAUUUAAGGCAGAUGAAACGCACAUGAUCAGAACACAGCUUGUUCACUUGGAAAAAUAAAAAUAGUGCGGCCUUUACUUAUUAUUAUUAUUAUUAUGAGGUACUCAUACUUCUGAUCAUAUUUUUUUCCAGGCACAUUUAAAAAUAAUCCUAACCACAUCAAUCUACUAUUAAUUGUGUUUAUAAUCAUUUAUAAAAAUGAGUGGUUUAUUAAUGGUUAACAAAGACUUGGAGUGAGAAAUGAAAGACAAAAAAAUUACCAAGAAGAAAAAAAAGGAAUAAAUGCAUGCAUACAUAAGUAAAUAAACACAGACAUUUAUAAUUAAAUAUCAAUUCAGGCAAAAAUAAAUAAAUAGAUAAAUAAAUAAAUAGAUCUGUCAACAAUAUUUACUUUGUACCUUUUAUUUGUAUGUAUUUCUGUGUCUGUAAGUUAAUGAGAUAGGCUGUCCUUCUCAAUGCAGGAUAGGGUAUUUGCACAUGUCACGAUACCGCGUUUAAGUAUCAAGAAGUACGGAUGGUGGCUAUGAAGUAUUUUCUGCUCUACAAAGGAAUUGCACAAUCUCAAAAUGCCUUAUUUUGCGUUGUUUAUGGUUGCCUAAAUCGGUUCUUAUUUUGUGGCAAACGUUGCUGUUCAUAAGGGGCAAAAUACAAGAUUGAAAAACACAGGAAAAGUGGCUUGUAAACUUGUCUGCGACGAGAUGAACAGAGUCUGACAAUAGGGUCUUUCUAACACGCAUUAAAUGCCUAAACAACUUCAAUUCAAUUCAAGUUUAUUUAUAUAGCGCUUUUCACAAUGUGUAUUGUUUCAAAGCAGCUUUACAGGGGCAAACAGGAAAAACAGAAAAGUUAAAACACAGCACAGUGCAUGGUGUUUAUACAACGAGUAAGUUCAUUCUAAUAAAUAACAUCUAAUUUCUAAAUAAAUAAAUAAAUGAAUGAAUGCAGUUUCAACGACAAGGAAAACACAACAUUCUGUCAAACCUUACUUGUAAUAAACUCUUUGUUCUGUCAAAACAACGAUUCCUCAAGGAUAAAUCUUACGUUAAGCAUGAAUCAUUUUAGCCUGAUUUCCCCAUUAGAACUAUAAGGACACCGCAUACCGUGGCUCAAGGCAGCUGAGAACAUAAAACGUUUCUGUUAUCGUGUUGAUUUGAUUUCAGUGAUAAACAAAUGUAUUUCAUUUGGUUUUCCAUGGUCGUUCUUUAAACCACGUUAGCUUGAUGUGAUAUUUAUCUGUAAGGGCUCGUUCUCUUGACAGAAGCUAUAGUUUAUUACAAAUAUCAAUCUAUGAGUCUCUUGAUUGUCCUCAAUGUGAAAAGAGGAAUCAACAUUACUGCUGGACAUGAGUCAAAUAUCCAGAAAUGCUGAAAAAGCAAAGAUUGUGGAGGACUUGGGUGAUUGUUUUGCAGAUCAGUGGACAGUCUAAUGACUCAUGACAAACAAGAAACCCUUAAACAACUAUGACUAAACAUAAAAACUGUCAUUGAUUGUUUAUGUAACAUCAUACAGUAUUAAAUGUUGCCAGCCUAUGCCAGCGUUUUUUAACAUUUUCAGCAAACUUUAAUGGCUCACAGUACAUUUUCUGUAAAGAUUAUAUGGACAAACAAAAUGUCCACUGAAAGAACAGCGUCUCAGCUUUUAAACAAAAGAAACCGAAUAUCUUCAUCUUCAUUGGUCCGUUCUUUUAUCACUCCGUAGAUGUGGGUAGGUUUCUUCAAAAAUGCCUCAUUUUGAUCAAACAGCUGAGAUAAUUAAAGUUUUUUUUUCAAAGAUUCCGCCCAGAUUACACUCAGAACAAUCAUUAAAAAUCGCUAAAACAUAUACGUUCUGGGAUUCUGUACUUUUUUCCAAAGGUGUGUAAAAGCGCCACCUGCUGUAAAACAGUACAAACACUGAUUGCUGUAAUAACUCGUCUUUGGCGGGGAACCGUUUUCUUUUAAAUGACGAGAUAACUCGUCAAUGGCGGUGAAAGAGUAAACAGGGUGGUGAGCCACACAGGAAGUCUAAGCAGUGAAGAUGAAAAUAGUUCAACUUUUCAGAAUGCCGCACUGCAUGAGAAAGCUGUACGGAUGCUUUUUCCGCGCGGAUUUAGACGCAAAAUGUGAAUCGCCCCUUCGUGCAUUUGACUGAUAAUGGACAGAGGUAUGAUCUUGUGUCUUCUGAAAUUGUCUAAUUGUGAGACCCAAACACGUGAGUUGGAGCAUUGACUAUGAGUUAUGAAUAAAAAAUAAAAUCAAAUGUUUAUUUAUCAUAAUUGUUCAUAAACGAAUUAAGAUGUACUUAAUGAUGUCCUUUUUCUCUAUAUUUCAGGUAAAGUUGAAGCCUUGAUAACAAAUGUUUGAAUUUCUGAACAGGUUUUGAUGGCAUUUUUGCUUUGCAGCUCUGAUGAUGUUUACCACCAACUGGCAUAAACUUUCAGGGCUUCUGUUAAAUAUGUAAUCUAGAUAUUUUCUGGUUUCUCGUGGACUUCAUUAUCUCAUAGUCCAUAACGUGCAGAAUGUUUUCGUGGCGCGAUCAGAGACAGAGUUUACUUUGCAAUAGUAUAAUGACAAUAGCAACUACGCCUAUAUAUUGAGAUGCAGUCAUCUAGUAUGACAGCGGAUCGAUUCAAAUGGAUUCAAGGUGGUGUGACGGUGACACAGCGUCAUCUCUCUCUCCUGGCACCGGAUACACAUUCACUGUGUUUGAAAGAACCUAGAGGAGUGGAUUCAACUUCACUACAGUAACGUGACUCUAUCUCUUCUUGUCAUUGCUAUUUUGUUCUUCUCUUUGUAAUGUAUUGUAUUCUUGUAUUUCAGCCCCGUUGAAUCUCAGAUGAGUGUCUACGUGACAAAGUGAUGAGUAUACAUAGUAAAAAGUUAUGUUUAUUAUCUUAGAAUGAGCUACUUCUAUCUACAUACACCGCGGGUCCACAAGUCACCAUGUUGUUUCUACAGUAGCCAUUAAUGGACAAACUGCUAUGCAGAACGGAUUCCAUAAAAUUAUUAUCGCCAUCAAAGCAAAAACAUGACAACAUUGUUCUGUGUCAGCCAACGUAGUGUUUCGAAAGGAUGGGGGAAGGGUCAACAUCACCACUAGAUGCAAAAUUUCAUACAUACACUGGACCUUUAAGUUGUUUACGAUUUUUAAAUUGACUUAUUUUUAUGAUCAAAAUUUAAAAUUCACACUUUUGCUCGCUAAUAUUUACUCUAUUGUUAGAUUUUUGUAUUUAUUGAUAUUGCUCACAAAUGAAGAAUUUUUUUAAGAGAUACCCAACUUUAUAAAAAUAAUUCACGUUUUGUUUUGUAUUUUUUAAGUUAUGGCUUAAACCAAAACAAACCAACUGCAGUUUGAUUGAUAUUAAUUGGAAUGCACAACACAUUUAUUAAUUAUCUCUUUUUGAACCAAACUCUUCAAAUACAUGUUCUGCCUCAAGCUUGGAACUGUAUCGUAUGAUAAAACAAUAAAUAUACUUUUUUUA